AUGUCUGGAGAAUCCGCCACCGCUAUUCACAAGGGUCAAGUUGAUCUCUUAGGCUUCAUAGAUUGGAUUGGUGUUGAAUGCCUCAAUCAAAGCACCACUCUCUCUGUUUCCAGUGCUAUCAAACAGGGUUAUAGAGAAGAUAAAGGUUUUCAUCUAGAAAUUGAUGCAUAUGAACAGUUUUUGCUUUAUAUUGCUUUCACCCAAGUUAUUAAACUUUAUUCCAUUAUUGUCAAAGGUCCUGAAGAUAAAGGAGGUGCUGAAAGGGAACAAGGAUUACUUCAGAUACUGUAG